CUUCAUUUCCGGUGCUCUCUUUCGCUGGGUCGCUCGGGUCGGCUUCGGUCGCCGUCGCUCCCGCUCUCCCACCCCCGCCAACGGCCGCUCGGGCCUCUGCCGCCGCCGCGUCGCUUCCUCGAUCUCUCGAUCGCACAUCCUCCCCAAUGCAGCGCCGGGACGACCCCGCCGCGCGCAUGAGCCGGUCCUCGGGCCGCAGCGGCUCCAUGGACCCCGCAGGUGCCCACCCCUCAGUGCGUCAGGCGCCGUCUCGGCAGCCGCCACUGUCUCACCGGUCCCGGGGAGGCGGAGGAGGCCCCCGGGGGGGCGCCCGGGCCUCUCCCGCCACGCAGCCGCCACCUCUGCUGCCGCCCUCGGCCACGGGUCCCGACGCGACAGUGGGCGGUCCAGCGCCGACCCCACUGCUGCCUCCCUCUGCCACUGCCUCGGUCAAGAUGGAGCCGGAGAACAAGUACCUGCCCGAACUCAUGGCCGAGAAGGAUUCUCUCGACCCGUCCUUCACUCACGCCAUGCAGUUGCUGACGGCAGAAAUUGAGAAGAUUCAGAAAGGGGAUUCAAAAAAGGAUGAUGAUGAGAAUUACUUGGAUUUAUUUUCUCACAAGAACAUGAAGCUUAAGGAGCGGGUACUGAUACCUGUCAAGCAGUAUCCCAAGUUCAAUUUUGUGGGAAAGAUCCUUGGACCACAAGGGAAUACAAUCAAAAGACUUCAAGAAGAAACUGGUGCAAAGAUCUCCGUGUUGGGAAAGGGCUCAAUGAGAGACAAAGCCAAGGAAGAAGAGCUGCGCAAAGGUGGAGACCCCAAAUAUGCCCACUUGAAUAUGGAUCUGCAUGUCUUCAUUGAAGUCUUUGGACCCCCAUGUGAGGCUUAUGCUCUUAUGGCCCAUGCAAUGGAAGAAGUCAAGAAGUUUCUAGUACCUGAUAUGAUGGAUGAUAUCUGCCAGGAGCAGUUUCUCGAGCUCUCCUACUUGAACGGAGUACCAGAGCCCUCUCGUGGACGUGGAGUGCCAGUGAGAGGCCGGGGAGCUGCACCUCCUCCUCCACCUGUUCCAAGGGGCCGUGGUGUUGGACCACCUCGGGGGGCUUUGGUGCGUGGUACACCAGUGAGAGGAACCAUCACCAGAGGUGCCACUGUGACUCGAGGAGUGCCACCCCCACCUACUGUGAGGGGUGCUCCAGCACCAAGAGCACGGACAGCAGGCAUCCAGAGAAUACCUUUGCCUCCACCCCCUGCACCAGAAACAUAUGAAGAAUAUGGAUAUGAUGAUACAUAUGCAGAACAGAGUUAUGAAGGCUACGAAGGCUAUUACAGCCAGAGCCAAGGGGACUCAGAAUAUUAUGACUAUGGACAUGGGGAGGUUCAAGACUCUUAUGAAGCUUAUGGCCAAGACGACUGGAAUGGGACCAGGCCAUCACUGAAGGCCCCUCCAGCCAGGCCGGUGAAGGGAGCAUACAGAGAGCACCCAUAUGGACGUUAUUAAAAACAAACAUGAGGGGAAAAUAUCAGUUAUGAGCAAAGUUGUUACUGAUUUCUUGUAUCUCCCAGGAUUCCUGUUGCUUUACCCACAACAGACAAGUAAUUGUCUAAGUGUUUUUCUUCGUGGUCCCCUUCUUCUCCCCACCUUACUCCAUUCUUAACUCUGCAUUCUGGCUUCUGUAUGUAGUAUUUUAAAAUGAGUUAAAAUAGAUUUAGAAAUAUUGAAUUAAUUUUUUAAGUGUGUAGAUGCUUUUUUUCUUUGUUGUUUAAAUAUAAACAGAAAUGUACCUUUUAUAAUAAAAAAAAGAAGUUGAGUAAAAAAAACACCACAAACCUGUUAGUUUCAAAAGUGACAUUGCUUGCUUAAAGGUUCUGAAGUUAAAGCUUGUUAACUUUCUCUUAGUUUUGAUUUGAGGCAUCCCGUAAAGUUGUAGUUGCAGAAUCCCAAACUAGGCUACAUUUCAAAAUUCAGGGCUGUUUAAGAUUUAAAAUCACAAAACGUUAACGGCAGUAGGUGCCACUAUGUAAAAGUGAGCUCAGACGUCUCUAAAAUGUUUCCUUUAAAAACACAUGGCGGUUGAAUCUUAAGGUUAAAUUUUAAUAUGAAAGAUACUCAUGAAUUAAAUAGUUGAUGCAAUUUUUAACGUUAAUUGAUUUAAAAAAACAACAACAAAAUUAGGUUUGUAAAACUGACUUUUUCAUUACGUGGGUUUUGAAAUCUAGCCCCAGGCAUACAGUGUUGAGAGAUACUUAGCGGGAAGUAGGUUUUGAAGAGGUUGAUUCUGGGAGAGGGGCUGGCCACCUGAGAUGAAUUUGAUGCAGAGCUUUUUAGCCAUGAAGAAUCUUUCAAUAAUUGUACUAAUAAUUAAAAUUUCAGUAUUUAAAAACACAAAAGUAUUUUGUCCAUCUGAGAUUCUGCACUCCACGAAAAGCUCACUUGGACAUGGGGGCCAAAAGCUGAUGAUUUUCUUAAGUUGACGGUUGUCAAUAUUGAACUGUUCUUAAGGUAGUUAGUCAAGUAUGUCUCAACACUAGCAUGAUAUAAAAAGGGACACUGCAGCUGAAUGAAAAAGGAAUCAAAAUCCACUUUGUACAUAAGUUAAAGUCCUAAUUGGAUUUGUACUGUCCUCCCAUUUUGUUCUUGGAAGAUUAAAUGCUACAUGUGUAAGUCUGCCUAAAUAGGUAGCUUAAACUUAUGUCAAAAUGUCUGCAGCAGUUUGUCAAUAAAGUUUAGUCCUUUUUUAAUCAAAGUAAA